GCUGCCGAGUCUACAACGUAAAUCACUGAAGCUACGAAGAGUGAGUGGCAAUGGCAAUGGCUUCAGAUAAAGCGGGGAGCGAUGCUUCGAGCGAGGGAAACCAGGCCACGAGCGAACAACGUGGCUCGGUGGACGAGUUGAGACGAUACCGGCAGGCCAUGCGGCAAAACUCGAUGGAGGCCAUCAUGGCUGCUGAAGCACACUACGCCAAGGCCAAGUACCAUGCCGCCAGCACCAAAAGCGAGGCCCAGAACACAGCCAGCCACGCAGGUGGCUCGGCCCUGCAGUAUGCGGUGGUGGUCAAAGACAAGGCCAUGGCUCUCGGUGCGGACGUUGGUGCGACUGCGGUGGAUAAGGGAAGGAGUGCAGGGGAGUAUGUGGGGCAGAAGGCGUGUGAGGCCAGGGACAGAGCAGCCGAUGUGGGGAUGGCUGCAGGACGCUGCGUGAAGGGUUAUGGGGCGCAGAAGGCAGGUGAUGCAAAGGAAUAUGCGGGGAAGGUCAAGGAUUAUGUGGUCGGGAUAGUGGGAGGGGCGGCGAAGGAGCUUGCGGUGGAGGAAGCAAAGGAGUGUGCCAAGGAUGGCGAGGCAAAGGACACCGCUCGGAGUGCACAGGAGUCUGUCACGGGGUAUACCAGACAGAGAGCGUCCCAGGCUAAGGAAACGGUUGCAGAGAGAGCUCAGGCUUCACAAGUCAAAUUCAAAGAGCCUACUACUGUUAGCCGAGAAGAGAAGCCCCAAGAAAAUGUUGACAGAGUCACCGAAGAACACAAGGAUCAACAUGCCAAAGAGGAAGCCAAGGAGUGGACAUCUUCACGUAAAUCACAUGAGCACAAGCGCCAUGAAGCAGGAGAGCAGCAAAAACAAGUCUCGCCACCCUCAGGGACCACUGAAGGUGAAAAACGUUGGUUAUUUGGGGUCUCACUGCAAUAA